GUUUCGUGAUUUAAAAGUGGUUGUAAACAAGACGCUGCAGACUGUAAAAUGAAAAUGAAAACUUAACGCGGUGGAGUCACGAGUUGAUAGGCACAUCUUGUAAAUUCCAUAAUAAAACUCAACGAUUUCGUGGCAAGACGUUGUAAUUCACUGCUGAUUAAAAUAAAUCACUGACUACUUUGUGAAGAUGCUAGUAUAACCUCAAGGAUUCCAUCUCUUUCAUACUUCCACAUAAGAUUCGUUGUAAACAGCAUCAGUCACGUGUGUAUUAAUUAAAAGUGCAAAAUGGAUCAGAUGCUUCCGAGUCCUGGUUUUAGUAUACCUAGCAUCGGCACACCUCUGCAUCAACCAGAAGAGGAUCAACAAAUCCUGCCGAAUGCGUUACAGCAACAGCAGCAGUCACAACAAUUUCAACAACUGCAGCAACUGCACUCGAUGAGUCCCAACAUGCAGAGUGGCAUGCUAAUGAUAACAACACCACAAAAAAAUAUGCACACAUAUGCUCCAACACCAUCGUUUGCGACACCACAAAGUCUUAUGCAGCCACAAACGCCACAAAAUAUGAUGUCUCCGAUAGUACCACAAAAUAAUCAAAUAGCACCGUCGUCGAUAGGUCCCGCGACGCCAGGACCAAUGACACCAAUGACCCCAGCUUCUGCGGAUCCUGGAAUUUUACCACAGUUGCAGAAUAUUGUGUCUACCGUUAACUUAAAUUGCAAACUUGAUUUGAAAAAGAUAGCACUUCAUGCCAGAAAUGCCGAAUAUAAUCCGAAAAGAUUUGCGGCUGUUAUCAUGCGAAUAAGAGAACCAAGAACUACCGCACUGAUAUUCAGUAGUGGUAAAAUGGUUUGCACUGGCGCCAAGAGUGAGGGAGAUUCACGUCUUGCUGCCAGAAAGUACGCAAGAAUUAUCCAAAAAUUAGGGUUUCCUGCAAAGUUCCUAGAUUUUAAAAUCCAAAAUAUGGUCGGCAGCUGUGAUGUUAAGUUUCCAAUUAGAUUAGAAGGUUUAGUACUCUCUCAUGGCCAAUUCUCGUCAUAUGAACCAGAGCUAUUUCCAGGUCUAAUAUAUAGAAUGGUUAAACCUCGAAUUGUAUUGCUUAUAUUCGUUUCAGGAAAAGUAGUACUGACAGGUGCAAAAAUUCGCAAAGAAAUUUAUGAAGCCUUUGACAACAUCUAUCCAAUCUUGAAGAGUUUUAAAAAGCAGUGA